GACCAAGGGGUUCUUAGCCCAUCUGUGUGAGUGAGCUCUCAACCCAUACAAUUCCAUGAUACUCGUUCCUGUGUACUGGAUUAGCGGAUUUCAGUUAUUUGGUAGAAAUGAAAAUAGAGAAGAAUGUUUUAGAGUUGAGAGAUCUUGAUCUGAAAAUAUUGGUGUUGGAGGAUGAGGAAGAAUGUGGUGGUGGUGGUGAGCACAAGUAUUGCGGUGGUGGUGGUAGGAGCAUUGAUCAGAAAGUGGAAGCAAUGGAAAGAACAACAGUUGAGGAGAAUGAAACAAAUAAUAAGAAGGUUUGCUAGGGAAAGUGCCACCCCAUUAAAAUGUCUUUGGCAAGUAGCUGAUGAUAUGGUGACCAGCAUGGAAGAUUCUCUUGCUAUUACCGAUGAUUCCCCCUCUCUCAACAUGGUCGUUUCCAAUGCUACAUUGCUCCCACUUGGAGAUGAAGAAGGAUUCUAUUAUGGGGUUAGUUUGCAUGGAAGGAAUUUGUUGAUGUUGUGUGCGCGACUGGGAGGAAAGAAUAAGCCUAUCUCUGCCUUACAAAGACAACAUAUUUCCAUCCCUGAUGCUGUCAUGGCUGGCUCUUCUCUGGAAAUAAAUGAUUACAUAGCUAAAGAGAUAGCUGAGUUCGUUUCGGCGCAUCCUGAGAUUGAGGACAGUGCACCCGCCAAAAACAAGAAACUCGGCUUCACAUUGGCAUAUCCAGUUCAUCAAGCUAUGCCUUUCUCGGUGACAGCAUCAGAACACAAAAACGCAAACAACCCAGUUCGACAAGGAAUAAUGGUGAAGGAUCUAAAUCGAGCGUUGACGAACCAUGGAAUGAAAAUGCACGUUGCCUCACUGGUUGAUGAAACUAUUGGAGGCUUGGCCGGUGGAAGAUACUAUAACAGGGAGAGCGUGGUUGCAGUUAAUCUUGGCGCCACCACAAAUGCUGCUUAUGUAGAACCAGCAGAGGACGUUGCCAGCGAUCUCGCACAGUCUUCCAAUUCAAGCGAACAGGUGAUUAGCAUGGAGUGGGGAAACUUCUAUUCCCCUAAUUUCCCUUCAACAUUGUAUGACGACAUUUUAGAUGCUGAAAGCUCAGAUCCUGGUGGCCGGCGUUUCGAAAAGCUUAUUUCAGGAGACUUUUUGGGAGAAGUUGUGAGACAGAUCUUGUUGAAGUUGGCCAAGGAAACAGCCUUGUUUGGAUGCAGAGUGCCUCCCAAGUUAAUGACUCCUUAUUUAAUCAGGUCCUCUGAUAUGGCUGCCAUGCAUCAAGAUACGUCGGAGGAUCGGGAAAUAGUGGGUGAGAAACUGGGAGAAAUUUUCGAGAUCCAUAAUUGUUGUCCAAUGGCACGGGAAGUGGUGGCUGAGGUGUGUGACAUAGUAGCAGAGAGGGGUGCACGAUUAGCGGGAGCAGGAAUUGUGGGAAUAAUUAAGAAGCUUGGAAGAAUUAAGAAUAGAAAGAGUGUGGUGACGGUGGAAGGUGAGCUUUAUGAGGACUACCGCAUUUUCAGAAACUACCUUCAUAGCGGUGUGUGGGAAAUGCUUGGCAAAGAUUUCUCAGACAAUGUCAUCAUUGAACAUUCACAUGGUGGUUCUGGAACUGGAGCUUUGUUCCUUGCUGCUGCUCAAACUCGAGCACACAGUUCAGAUUCUUGACCCUUUACACUCAACACUUUUCUGAGAAGAAAAAUAUAUGAUGAUGAUGCUUGAGCUAAAAGGAAGAGUUUCUUUUGCCUUUGAAUGAGUUAAUUUUUUCAUGAUUUUGGACUCAUUAUAAAU